AUGCCCCCCCAACGCUCCAAACACAGCAAUGAAUCGUCCAAACCAGCAGACAGACUGGCCAUAGCCAUCAUCGGGCUCAAAAGCCAUAAAUUCUCCUCGAUCCGCGAGGCAGCCCGACACAACGAUGUGCCCGAGGCUACCCUCCGCACGCGCUUCAGGGCCAUGUGCCGCCGCGCAGAUGCGCGCCCGAGGCGCCAGGCAUUGACCGAAACGGAGGAGAACACCCUUCACAACUGGAUAGUCUCCUUGCUCGAGGGCGGGUUCAGCCUCGAUACCGCCAUUAUACAAGAGAUGGCCAAUACGCUGCGUGCGAAGCGCGAUGGCAGGGCCUUUGUCGCCUUGUCCGAGAAAUGGGUAGUUGGCUUUGUGAAAGGAAGACCCCAGCUCGCAGCGUGGAUCAGCAGGAACGCAGAGAGCUCUGAUUCUGUUCCUUUGCGUACGACUAGCGCGUCAAGGGUCCCCGAUGCCAUGGAAGAGCCGUCGUUUGAGAGGUGCGAGAUCUUUAUCCGUUCUGCAACGGAGACGGUCAGGAUGCAGUAUGAGAGUGAGUUGGCAGUGCUUCGACUCCUCGAGGGACGCCUCGGCGAACCUGGAAAUCUGCAGGAUGCGAGCAGCUGUACUACUGAAGUGGACGAUGUGAUCCUCGACCAUCUGAAUGCUGCCUGGGGGUGUAUGCUCACCAUGGUUGGGGAAUGCGAUAAAAUGGCCUAUUACGCGGCGCAGUUGGAUACGGACAAUAGUGGUGGUGGUGUACGCAAGGCACACAGAGAACUACGCAAGGCAGUUGGCGACGUCAUGCGGGUGAGAGGACGCAGGUUGAUUGAGAAUGGGGGGAAACCUCAGCAUUUACGUGUAUGA